AUGUAUAACCAUUAUCAUAAUUUACAGGAGAGAAUUUCGCCUAAAAAUCAUCAAAUAAAUAGCAAUUUUCCAUCUGAUAGAUUUCAUAAUAGUAAAUCCCCUCUUGCUAUUGAUAAAAUGCUUCAAAAUCCGAUUAAAAAGAACUCUCAAGAUAGAACUAUAUUGUAAUAUGAAUUCAUAAUUUUAGUAACUCCAUCAAUUUCAAUGACGAUGCAUAGUUAUAGAAAACACCUUAUUUCUUAAGCAUUGACAGUUUUCGAUCUAGAUCAAAAAGUCCAAUGCAAAUAACUAUUUAAAAAUCACCAAAACAAUCUGAAAUACCAAUAAAAAAGAAUUUAGCAAAUGAAUUUUACUUAAAUUGGAAUAAGCUAUCAUUAGAAAAGACAUUAAAAUAAAAAUAAUUGAUUAAUCUAAAUAUUAAUAUGAAUGAUAUUGCUUAGGUAUUUUAAGGACCUUAAUCAAAUAUAAAUAAUAAAUAAAACUUAAAAAAAUUUGAAAACAUCUUCCAAUAAUUACUUGUUAAGUAUGGAUCAACAUAAUAAUUAUAAAAAACAACAAUUAAAAAAUAAUAAUAUGAUGAUAAUGAAAAUGAUGAAGAACUAAAAAUUGACACAUAAAUUUGUGUAAAUAAAUCUAAUUUUGCUUAUCAUUUCAUAAUAGGUAAAGGAGGUUUUGGUAAAGUAUGGAAAGUUGAAUUAAAAAAAAAUAGAACCCUAUAUGCAAUGAAAGAAAUGUCAAAGGCUAAAAUUAUGGCUAAAAGAAGUGUGAAUUCUGUAUUAAAUGAACGCAAUCUUCUGACUUAAUUUAAACAUCCAUUUUUAAUUAAUAUGGUCUACUCUUUUUAAGAUAGAGAAAACUUAUAUUUAGUUAUGGAUCUAUUAACUGGAGGCGACUUAAGACAACAUUUAGGAAGAUUAAGGAGAUUCAAUGAACUAUAAACUAAAUUUUUUGUUUCUUGUAUUCUAUUAGCACUUGAAUAUCUACAUAAUUAAAAUGUUAUUCAUAGAGAUGUUAAACCUGAAAAUAUUGUUUUAGAUUCCAAAGGUUAUGCAAGAUUAACUGAUCUAGGUAUUGCUAGAAUAUGGAGACCUGAUAAUUCAUCAGAUAAUAGUGGAACCCCAGGUUAUAUGGGUAUAUCUUAAUUUCAUUCUAUUCAUAGCUCCUGAAGUAAUGUGUAGAUAAAAUCAUACUAUUGCUGUUGAUUAUUUUGCUUUAGGAGUUAUGACUUAUGAAUUUAUGUUAGGUCAUAGACCAUAUAAUGGAAAAUCAAGAUAAGAAAUUAAAGAUUAAAUCAUAUCCAAAUAAGUUUAAGUAAAAAGAAAUCAAAUUCCAAAUGAUUGGUCUCUUGAAGCUGCUGAUUUUAUAAAUAAAUUAAUUUAGAGAAAACAAAUAAAUAGAUUAGGAUUUAAUGGACCUGAAGAAAUUAAGAACCAUAUUUGGUUAUAAGGUGUUCCAUGGAAUAAAUUAUUAAAAAAAGAAAUUUAAUCUCCUUUUAUUCCAUCAGUAAUUAAUUAUAUUAAAAAAUAGCCUAUAUAAGAGAAUUUAGAAUACAAUAUUAGUAUAGAAACAGAAUCAUAAGAUGAAUUAAUAAUUGAAAAUAGAUUAUUGUUAAAAAAGAACUCUAUUUAAAGUAAAACUUUUACAUAUUUUAGAUUUAUUUGUUGGAUAUAAUUAUGAUUAAAAUACUAAAAUAAAUAUGAGGCUAACUAAAAGCACAAGUAGCACUCUAAAUUUAAAUUGA